AUGCCCCCACGAGAUGCAAUCCUUGAUACUGUUGAUGCAUACUUCAGAUACUGCCACAUGCAGCCUCUGUGGCUCUUUGAUGCCGAAGACCUCUCCUCCAUCGAAGACUGCCGUGACGAGGUCAUUUUUUCGCUGCUAGCCCUCUCCGUCUGCCACUCUAAGCAUACCUUCUUCCAAGGACGAUCGAAGCAAUUGAGUCGACAAUACGCGCAGCUGGCGCGAGAGCACAUCAUGCUUCGGAUUGCCCAGGGCAAAGUCACGCUCGCCACCGUUCAAAGUCUCUGCAUGCUGGCGCUAGCCAACUUUCAUGCGAACAACGUGCAUCUGGCCGCCCUGCACCUCAACAUCGCCGUCACGUUUUCGAAAUGUGUCGGGUUGGACGUGGAAUUGACAUCGAGCGAGCUGUCUCCCACGGCCGAGGCGCGCAGGAGAUUAUUCUGGAGUCUUCACCUUCUGGAGCGCAUGUACGGACAGUCGGUUUCUGAGCUGACCAUCCUCCAGGAUAUUGAAAACCCUCAAUACGUUCUCUUGCAGCCAGAAUUGCGGAAAAAGUCAAACGUGCUGCCUCCCCGCAUGCCGCAAGAGACGGUGCGAGGUGAAGAGCCGGAGAGGACGGGCAUCUGGGCGUACAUGGUGCAGCUGGGGACGCUGUGGCGGCAGGUCCGCACGUACGUGAUGCAGUGCGCCCACACAAACAGCGAGCCCCCGUGGUCCGUCGAGUCAGGAUACGCCGUGAUCUGUGCUCACCUGAUGGACAUUGAGACCAAGUUUCCGACCUCCCACCGGUGGGACUCGGCGAGGUUCCGCGACAGGAACAAUGAAGAGCUGCAGAACCGUGGCUACUGGAGCCCCUGGCUCUACCUCCAAUUCACGUACCACGCGAUCCACAGCAUCCUGAACCACCCGUUCCUGUACUCUGCACGGCCGCAGCAGUCAGCCCAACUGGCCGUGCCAAACACUUUCUGGAAGACGUCCUCGGAGCUGGCCUUCAUCCAUGCCACGUGGAUCGUGCGACUGAUCGACAUGGUUCGAGAGAAGGGUUACCGCAUCUCGGACCCGUUCAUCGGCCAGUGCACCGCCGUCGCGGCCACGAUUCAUAUCUACUUCUGCCGGGCGGCGGACCGCCAAAUCCGCGAGGCCGCCCAAGUCAAGCUGGAAACUUGCACGUUGUUCUUGGGAGAGCUAGCCGAGCUGUGGCCGUCGUGUCGAUUGCUGCAUGACACGCUCCGGGCCCUGAUCCACUCGGCCUUCACAUCCGGUUAUUCGGACCAGCAGCCCGAGCCGUCUCGACGGACAGUCUCGAUCAACACGCGUCUGAUGUGGAAGAUCCUGCAGUAUAACUUCGACGGCAAGGAUCUGGGUAUAUCGAACCACGGUCUCUUCCAUGAGUCCUUCUGCCGCGACGAUGAGGAUCGUGCCACGGACCACGAAGACCACACGGUCGAAAUGCACAUCUCGCACAAUCCCCCGACCACCGAGGUCGAUCUGUCAAACGGACAGGCCCUCCCACCUUACUCGGACCACCACUCUACAGGGCCAAACACGCAGCAAACCGCCCAACAGCACGACCGGCAGCUCAUCAACGAGGAUAUUCAUGGUGCAUCGAACGCCAACGCCAACGCAGACUCGAGGACACCGCUGACUAUGAUGUAUGCCCCGUUUUUCAAAGGCCCGACCGCGCCAUGGGCGAUGCCAAGCAACGCGCCCGUCAUCGACAUGACUUACGAUCCGUUCUACCAGUUCCAGGAUCUCGGGUCCCCUGCUGAUGGGGCCUGGGAAGUGGGGAAUCUGUAA